CCGUGCAGUGCCUUAAUAAACCCUUCCAUGCCAGCUUGAACGUCACCGUGUUAGCUGGAUUACUAGUUUACUUACUAAUACAGCCUUCCGAAAUCCCGAAACCCAGAAAAAGUGAAAUUGGCUCUCCGUGGUUGUUUUCCCUAGAAAAGGAAGGGAACAGAAAGAAAGAAAUCGAACUUCUCAGAAACCAAACAGACCCAAAAAAAUUCGAUUAUUCUCUUCUUUUUGCCGGUAGGAAAUGCAAAGCUUAGGACAUUUACGACCUCAAGGCACAGUGCUGCUGAAGCGUCCUUGGCUCAUUAAACCGUUGAACUUGAGAGCAGUCUCUUCGAUUCCUCCGUAUGAGUACUCCAACCAGUCUCGGGGCGGCCUUCCUCGCUUCUUCUCUGAAACUCUUCCUUCUUCCAAAGGAGGUGUCAUUCUCGUUCAGGGAGAUGAAUUCUGGCAUAUGACUAAAGUUUUAAGAUUAAAAACUGACGACAGAGUAGAGCUCUUUAAUGGGAGAGGAGGUCUAGUAGAAGGGUUCAUACAAAACAUUGACCGCACGGCCAUUAAUUUUGUGGCUUUGGAAGAUCCAAAGUUUGUUCUUCCACAUACCCCACAAUGGCACAUAUUUUCUGCUUUUGGUUCACUCAAGGGUGGUCGAGCUGACUGGCUUGUUGAGAAGUGUACUGAACUGGGAGCUAGUAGUGUAACACCUUUGCUCACUGAACGUUCUUCUACCAUCUCCGACAAUCGGGUGGAGAGAUUGCAGCGUGUCAUUUUAGCUGCAGCUAAACAAUGCCAACGGUUGCAUGAAAUGAAAUUGAAUCAUCCCAUGAAGAUUAAAAAGCUUAUACCUCUUGUUGCCAAGUCAAAACAAUCUUUUAUGACCAUUGCAGAAGCUACUCCACUUGUUAGUGCAUUGACUUCAACUACUAAGGAACCUACUGGACUGAUAAUAGUUGGACCAGAAGGGGAUUUUACAGAGAAAGAGGUGAAUUUGAUUACAGAAGCAGGUGCUACAGCUGUCGGUCUUGGCCCUCAUCGUUUGCGUGUUGAAACUGCAACUAUAGCUAUUUUAGCGACUCUUACUCUAUGGUCCGACUCUCAGCAAAUCACCAAUUCUUAGCACUCAUGCAGGUAGUUCUUUUUUUUUGGUCUCACAUUGGUGCCUGCAAGUUCUUACCGUCUCGGAGACAUAAGUGUCUAAUUAUUAUGUUGCAGAUACAACGGGCGUACAAGGAUAUCAAAUUUCCCUUUGUUAAUGUGGAUGAAUGCAUCAAAUUAUUUCGUACUGUCUGGUAGAGGUAAAAGAGGAAGAUUACUUGAUUCUUGUUUGCAGAGAUGUGAAAUAAAUUGGUAUUUUCAUUUCUCUUCUGUUCCUUGCUAAUCAAGCAUAUUUAUUCUAGAGCUAACGUUCUUUUCUU